AUGCCAGCGAGGGGUUCUUCUCUUCGACUGGACCCCAACCUGUCUACCUCAACGGAUGACCCAUACCUGGGAUCCGAUUAUGAAAUGGUGUCAGAAGUGGGAGAUGUGCUAGACGAGAAUUCUUCUUCGUCGGAUGAAGAUCAUGACCAGGAGGACGAGGCGUCACCAAGCAAGUUAGCAGCGGUUGCAACGGCUUUGGAACUCGAGGGAUGUGUUGGAGGUAAGACAGUUAUCUUGACAUGGACGGACUACAGUCCAGACUAA